AUGGCAUCCCCGCCCCUUGGUUCCGAAAUACUUUCGCCCGCGAGUGGAUCGAACCCAGCGGCGGAAGCUAGGCCCACAAGCUCGGAUCACGUUCCGGACCACAUCCGUCGCUUCGAAGCCGCAAGGAACGCCUUCCUGGCGUCACUGUCACCACAGGAUCGGUCCCUGUACUCUCCCUGCGCGUCUUUUGACGAGUUGUCCAAAACGGUCGGGGAAUUACAUUUGAUCAAGGAGCGCAAGAUUGUCGGGACCAGACUUUUUCAAGUGCUUGGGAAGAUUCACGAUACCCUUGAGCCAUAUUUCAAGGUAGUAGGAAUCUUCGUUUCUUCUAGGCCGGAAUGGGCUGCCCUCGCUUGGGGCGCUAUUCGCCUUGUUUUACAGUUGGCGUCGAAUUUCGUGACCUUUUUCGACAAGUUUGUCUCGGUCUUUGAGGAGCUCUCGUUCGCCUUUCGGCAGUUUGAGGAAGUAUUCCGGCUCUGCACAGGAGAUGCGGGCCUCCGCCAGUCGCAGAUCCCCAGGAUCCUAGAAGCCAUCUACACCGAUAUCCUGGAGAUAUUUAAAGGUGCUAUCCGAGUGUUUACACGGGGUGAUGGAAGGAUAAGAAGAACUCCCGAGGUCAUCGGCCGCUUGAUGUGGAAGCCGUUUCAUAGUCGAUUCCAGGACCAACUGGGAAAUUUAUCCUCCCACCGCACCAAUUUGUUCGAAGAAAUAAGUAUUUGGCACGUCCAGGAAUCGAACCGAGAAAUGGCACGAAAUGCUGCCAUGCAAAACGACUUCCGACGCUAUCGAGAUCUCAACACGGAAGAAAUGGAGAAGGCGAGAGAAGAACGCCGCCUUGCCCAAGAGGAGCGAAGGUUGAUGGCCUUGGACAGACGACAAGCUGCCGAUGACAGACAACAGACACAGGCCUCGUUGGCAGAAAUCCGAAGGGCGUUGAAACAAUUGGAAUCUGAACGCAUGGAUAGGGUCUACCUAGACGUCUUGAUGUGGGUGUCCGCACCUAUUUUUGUCGACGCGAUCGAUCUGGCCCGGAAUUUGCGACAACAGGAGACUGCAACCUGGAUUCUAGAGGAAUUGCAAUACAAGAAAUGGCUACUUGACGACCUUGAGGCCGCCGUGCACGGUGGCGGCUUUGGUUCGAGUGUGCUAUGGAUACAUGGAUCCGGUAAAACAGUAUUAGCAUCCUCUAUUAUCGACAACCUAGAAAGUCAACAGUAUAUGCUACCGGAAUGUGACCGCAAAGAGAUCUACUACUACUUCUUCGAGUGGAAGUCCACGUCCAACGAUUCGGCUUCUUCCGCGUACCGCUCCAUUCUGGCCCAGGUAUUGUCCAAGCAUGGUGGCAAGGGGGAAGUGUUGGAUAAGUUUUCAUUUGCCAUGGAUGACCCCCGAAGGAAUCCCGGCCAACCCAAGGCCGGCAAGUCGAUCCUUGUUGAUCUGCUCAGAGUCUGCCUGCCCCGCGAUUCGAUUCUGAUCCUGGAUGGUAUUGAUGAGUGUGUCGAUUGUGAUGAUUUCCUCACCUCCCUUGUCAACAUAUGGAAGACGUGCUCCCCACAUAUUCUCUUGUUGAGUCGAACCAACGUUGCAAAACUCCAGCGAAGCAUCCCGGAGGGAAAUCGGUUGGGCAUCCCCAAAGAAAAAAUAUCGAGGGACAUCCGGCUGUUUAGUGAACAUCAGCUCGACCUCCUAUUCGAUGAGGGCAUCCUACCGACCUCCGCUCACGCCCAGAAAGAAAACAUGUUAGAGCGCAUGGUCCGCGGGGCGGAUGGCAUGUUUCUUUGGGCGCGGCUAAUGAUCAACUUUCUUCGAUCACCGUAUAUCGAUACCAGCCAGCGACUACGUGUCCUUAGUGAGAUCAACACUCCCGAGGGUUUGGAGACCAUGUAUCGCCGCAUCGCCAAACUCAUCACAAACUCGGGAAAGUUCGCAGAGACACUGGCAUCCAAAGUGCUUAUGCGGCUCAUAUACGCCGCAGUCCCCAUCUCGUCCCGUCAACUACGCCAAACCCUGGUUGUUGACGAGGUUCUGCAGCCGUAUCGUGACCCCAUGUGCAUCAAGGAGUUUGAAGACUGCACGAUCAUGGCGUGCGCUGGGCUGGUAGAGCGCACCGUCCUCUCCGGAGGGCUGCCUUUCCUCGACAAGGAGCCAGCAUUACAAGUCAUCCACCUUUCGGUCAACGAGACAUUGAUGAAGCAUCAUUCAACGUCGUGCAUCCAAUGGAGGACUUCGACUCCGCAUUCCCAACUCAUACUCGACCCCGUCCUUGGCAGCCUAGAUUACGCCACGAAUUGUGUCAAACAGCUCUUAUUCCACACGCCUCCGCAACCUCUAUCGGGAACGCUUGGUCGAAGUAUCCGCGCUGCGCACUUGUACGACACUUUCUGCUUCACUGACUAUGCUGCCGUCAGCUGGCUACUGCACGUUCGCAGUUUCGUCAACUCAGUGAAUGAACACCGCUUGAUUCGUGGAUCAUUAUCACAGGAUUUCCUAGACUGCUUUUCGGAGUUUUCUUCACGCCUUCUUAUUUUCUUGCGAAACCCCAAAGCAGUGUCAGUGUGGCUGGAAGCCUUUUACAGUUCCGGAUAUAUAAACGUCCACCAUCCACCUAGUGAUGCGCUCUGUUCCUUGGCUGCCUGGGCAAAAGACUGGGCACAAAAGUCCAUCGCCGAGGGCGCAGGACUGCCCAUCGAUACUUCCCUCAUUGAGCAGAUCGAAGGCUUCAAGACUGAGGUAGACCAGGUAGUGAAAAUAUGGCGCGACUCCUUACGCGAUGCUCCGCACAUAGUCUGGGAUGAGAUGACAGGGUUUUUGAGUGGCAAUCACUACUUCUGGUCAUCUCAGAGCACUAAAGUGUCGUACCAGAACGCUGCAGUUCCCCUGUCUUGCGCUCCCUUCCAGGAGCCUGUCGCGAGUUUGUCAAGGACUUCUGACUCGGGCGAAAUGAAGGCUACGUUAAACAUCUGGGCCAACCAGUGA